AGCAAAUAUCUUUUUACACAUGUACUUUUUAUUAUAAUAUAAUUUAAAUGUAACUAUAAGUAGAUCCGAUUUGAAGAUGGAUUGGAUUUAAACAAAUAAAAUAAAAAUUGAUACAGUGGAAUGGAAGGUGGAUGGAUGAAAUAGUCACAUGGCUGCUCGUAAACUUCACUCAUCUACUCCGUCAACCAGAUCUCUCUCUCUCUCUCUCUCUCUCUCUCUCUCUCUCUCUCUCUCUGACGUAAAUCUUGCACGAGCCAAGCAACCUCAUCGACUCUCUUUUUCUAUCUGUUUUCCAGAGUUUAUCACAUGAAUUCCUAGUUUUUAUUGGUGUAUCAUGAUGAAUCGGAGUUCAUCGAAGGACUCUAUGGUCGGUGCCGGAGGUCGGAAUCAUAAUCAUAGCAACAAUCAUAAUGCUAUGACCAACGGAAUAUUGUCUCACCGGCGAGGAAUGUCUUUCACAAAAAACAACGCAUCUGAGAAUUUCAACAGCAGCAACAACAUGGAUCUCUUCUCUCGUAGUCGCACUAGUCUCCCAGCCGCCUCUUCCGACGAAUCGGACUUGCAAGCGAGAUUAGCGAGACUUUCAGUUGGAUCAGCAAAACCUGCCAAAAGCAUAUUAGAUGAUCUUCUGAAUUCUAACGAAGGGGGAAAGAAUGACUACGAUUGGCUUCUAACUCCCCCAGGAACUCCUCUCUUUCCUUCUUUGGAUGGAAAAGAGUCUCAACAACCUGCACGUGUCACUGCAAGAAGCAAGUCUUCAGUAAGAUCAAGCUCCAUAAACAAAACUUCAAGGCUAUCUGUAUCUCAAUCUGAGACCAAUCAUCCUUCAAGACCUGCAAGAAGCAACCUUCUACUCCUACCAAAACUGCAAGACCUUCUACCCCAUCUACCCGAACAACCCCUUCAAGAACUUCAACUCCUUCUAGAACCCGCCCCCCCUACCCCAACCCCCACCCCAACCCCAAUAAGACAAAACACAAGACCUUCAACACCUACUUCAAGACCACAAACACCUGGAAGCUUGACACCUUCACCUACAAUUCGCCCACCUUCCAGGUCAUCAACCCCUACACGUAGAACCCUAACACCUUCUCUCACCCCAUCCACCUCAUCUUUGACUUCAGCCUCACGUGGGUUGACUUCAAAUGGACGUAGUAAUAGUAGUGCUGUGGGGUCCACUUCAAGACCGAGUUCUCCUAGUCCACGUGUACGCCCGCCACCUCAGCCUAUGAAUAUAAUUGAUUUCCCUCAUGAAACGCCGCCGAAUCUUAGAACAACUUUACCGGAUCGACCUCUGUCUGCUGGUAGGUCAAGACCAGGUGGGUCCACUACCGUGAAGGGUAAUUUAGACAAUUCAAACACCGGAGGUGGGACCAUCACGAGAAGACAUUCGUCCCCUAAUGUGAUUAGGGGACGGCUUCCGGAACCUUCCGGAAGCGGAAGGUCGCGUCCUAAUUCUAAUGGGAAUGUUGUUGAGAGUUUGGAUCCACGAAGAACUUCUCAUUUGCCACAGUCAGUAACAAGGAAACCAGUAAAGUCAUCGAAUUCGGAAAAUGGAACAGGAUUUGGGAGGAAUAUCUCGAAGAAAUCACUGGAUAUGGCGAUUAAACAUAUGGAUAUAAGAAAUGGAGGUGUACGACCACUUUCAGGGUCAACGCUUUUCCCACAAAGCAUUCGGUCAAGCAACUCCAGGGCCCACCCUACAGCUACACGUGCAAGUUCUGUAGAUGGCGGUGGAUCUGAAAAUGGGAAUUACAGUAAUAAUGGGUAUUUAUGGAACAGAGGUGGUGGGCCCAUGGAAGAUCAAAGCCCACAUUCUUCUAAACUAUCAUCGGAAGUUGACAUGUAUGAGAGUUCAAGAUACGAUGCUAUUUUACUCAAAGAAGACCUUAAAAACACAAGCUGGUUGCAUACUGCGGAUGACAAGACUACUGAUGAAGCUCUUUUGUUUGAUCAUGGGUUUGAGUCCCUUCCUGAGCCUUUUAGUCCUUUGUGAUGAUUUCUUUCCUUUUUUAUUUAUAUUUUCUUUUUAAAAAAUGUUAUUUAUCAAAACAAAAAAAAAAGAGAGAAUAUCAUAUCAAAAAAGAUAAAAAAGAGGAUGGGUUUUGUCAUUUGUGUAUCUUUUUUUUUUUCUUUUUAAAUAUUUAUUUUGGUUUUAACGGUUUGUUACCACUUCAAAUUAAAUCUAUACUUUAAUAAUACCUUUUGUUGGCUUUUA